UCGCGUUUGCUCUCAGGGAGGGAUUAGGCUGUCCGGGGGCGGGGACGGGGAGCACCUCAGAUGGCGGCUAAGCAAGGGACCCCCGCCUCCGCUCUGCGGGUGCUGGAAGAAGCGUUGGGAAUGGAUUUGACGGCUGCUGGGGACACCGCAGAGGCGGUGGCCGCCGAGGGCGCUUACUACCUGGAGCAGGUCACCAUAACUGAAGCAUCUGAAGAUGAUUAUGAAUAUGAAGAGAUAUCAGAUGACAAUUUUAGCAUUCCAGAAGGUGAAGAAGAUCUAGCAAAAGCAAUUCAGAUGGUCCAGGAACAGGCUACAGAUAUUCAGAUUUUGGAACAGAAAACAGUCCUUCCUUCAAAGCAACCAACACUUGAAGUGAUAGAAGACUUUCUCUGCAAUUUCCUAAUCAAGAUGGGAAUGACCAGAACUCUCGAUUGCUUUCAGUCUGAAUGGUAUGAGUUAAUACAGAAGGGAGUAACUGAACUUAGAGAUAUUGGGAAUGUUCCAGAUGUCUACACGCAGAAUAUGCUUUUAGAAAAUGAGAACAAAAAUUUGAAGAAAGACUUGAAACACUACAAACAGGCAGCUGAUUCAUUUCUCAGAAGUGGUUUGCACUAUUGGCCCUGAUGCUCACUGUGAUAUUGUAUAGACACCUAAUGGAUGCACUGGGAAUUUGACACAGCAAAUUUUUCAGAGUGCUGCCUGGGAUACUGUUUCAGUUGCUGAUCUUCUUUGAAUUAUUGCUUGAGUUUGCUAAUUUUCUUUUGAAUAGAUAGAGCCUCUUUUUGCAAUGAGUUUUGCCAUAGUGACAUUAAAUAAUCAUUGUUGAUUACUGGUUGUUUAUUGAAUAUUAUAUUUAAUAACUAUAAUCAAAACCAUAUAAACUAUUACCUAUGCAAAUUAUUAUCCCAUAAUUAAAACAGAUAUCACUCAAAUGAAAUAUGAUUCUUAUUUGUGUUUACUAAACUAUCAGAUUACUAAAUGUAUAUAAAAUUUGCUAUAUUUAUUAAAAUAUAGUUUUAGUUUCAAAGGUUAUGAUUAUUAUCUCCUAAAUAUAUCUUAUUUGAUGUAAUUAAACUUUAACAGACUGGAAAAGGAAAAUAUUUGCUUUAAUCUCCUUGACAUGGAAAAUUUGAAGGAAAGAUGCUUGACCCUUAGUAGGUGCCUACUAUUUAUAUCAUUAAAUGAAUAUUAAGCACAUUGGGCUCUUAUGACACCUUUUGGUGAAGCAUGUCUCUAGAGCCUAAGUCUGUUGGUUACAUUUUCGAAAAUGAAGAAUGAAGUUUUGUAAAAUAUUACCAAAACUACCUUUGUCAUGCUAUAAGUUUGCCCUACAUUGUAAUGUUUUAUCACACAGGUUUUUCAAUUUGACUUUGGAAGAUAUUUUUCCAGUAGGGAUUAGUAAUAAACAUGGGAUUCCUUUUAUAGAAUUUACCAUAAGGUUUUCCUUUCCAGGAUUAAGACUGUUUCUUAAAGCAAGAUAAGUGUAGAUGUUAAAUACUUUUCUAACAAUAACCAAUAUUUGGUAUGUAAAAAGAGUAAGGUUUACAGAUAUGUUAUAUGUUGUCCUGAUUAUACUGGUAGCAUUUAAUGAUGUAUCUAGAAAAAUCAGAAAAAUCAUAUAGCUAUAAGCUUAAUAUUUAUCUAGAGAAGAGAAUUGCCAUGGAAAGAGUAUUGAACUUAAGGUUCAAAUACCUAGCUUCCAAUAUUCUGCUACUUAUCAACUCAGUUUUCUUAUUGUUAAACUGGGAGUAAUUAUACAUACUAUUAUUAACUCCUAGGGAGUGAUGUGAUAAUUAAAUAAGACAAUCCAUAUUAAAGAGCUGUGUAAAUCACAAAGUGCUUUGAAAAUGUCAGCUAUUAUUAUCAAUAUCUCUAAAGGCUGUCAUCCUUGGAUUUUUUUUAAUCAUCACAUCAUUAAUAUUUUUGAAAUUCAGCAGUGAUGAAGCAUAAAGGAAGACAUGAAAAGGGAAAUAUUUCACUCUAAAUUUCAUUUGAAUUGUUAUAAUUAAAAAAAAAUCGUCCUUUUCUCUUUUGUAAGCAAUGCCUAUUUUAGAACAGAGGUUUUCCUUAUUUUGCUACAAGUGUUGAUUAUCUUAUCUAAAAUAUAGUUUCAUGUAUGAUAUAUGUAUGCAUGUAUGGUGAUGGAUGUUAACUAUACUUAUUGUGUUCAUUUUACACUGUAUAUGAAUGUUGAAUCAUUAUGUACCUGAAACUGGUACAAUAUUAUAAGUAAAUUAUACCUUGAUAAAAAAAAAGUUUUAGAAAUAAAUGUUUGGAAAAUUUCCUUAUACAUAGAUGUCUUUAAGGGAAAAAAUGUACUAUUAAGAAGUGUUUAUAGUCACUUUGAAUGUAAAAGUAUAUACUAGAUAUUGGAGAGGAAUAAUAUAGGUAGUAGUUUGAUAAUCUUUUUUUCUCUGAAUAAAGUAUGUUAAUUAAAAAUGUUUAUAUACUAUUAAAUAUACAGAUUUUAAAUGUAUAGUUCAAUCUGUUUUGAUUAACUGUAAUAUAUACCCAUGUAGUCACUAAGCCAAAUCACAAUAUAUAGAACAUUUCCAUUACCCCAGAAAGUUUUCCUGUACCCGUUCCCUUAGGCAAUUAUUGUUCUGAUUUCUAUCACCAUAUAUUGGUUUAACUCCGUCUUAAAGUUCUUUUGAAAGGAAUCAUACAAUAUGUACU